CCCACACACUCUUGCAUACACCCGUUUUCUGCGGCUCCGCUUCGUCGCCAACGGAUAAGAUCUCUCCUUCCCACCGCCCAUCCUACGGCCAACAUCUCUUCCUCCCUAAGAGUCACUAUCCUAAACGUCCAUUAGUAUCCCCACAUGAAAAAAUUGAAACCUCCUUCCUCCUUUCUUUCGCAUCACUUUUUUUUAACCAUGGUUAAUAUCUAACCCUUCUUCCCAAAAAAAAAAAAAUUCUUAUCCUCUCCUAUCCUAUAUCUGUCUUUCACUUCGCAUUCUCUCUCUUUAGCUGCUUAACCACUGCACCUAAAAGCUUCGUUAAUGGCGAUUCAGAUCUAAAAAUGAACUCUAAACGUUAACAAAGCACAAAUCUCGGCCAAACCCAAGAGCAAAAUAGAGAAAAAAAUUUUGUCUUUUCAAUCAGAAGGCUUCAUUUCUCUUUCUUUCCUCUCUGUGUGUUCUCUUUUCGAUUUUUAAUUAAUGCAGAAGAAAAUGGCGUAUUCAUUCCCCGAUGAGGUGCUGGAGCACGUCUUCUCGUUCAUACAAUCAGAUAAAGACCGAAACGCGGUAUCGAUGGUGUGUAAAUCGUGGUACGAUAUCGAACGGUGGUGUCGGAGGAAGAUAUUUGUCGGGAACUGUUACGCUGUUAACCCUAGGAUUGUGAUCAGACGCUUCCCGGAAGUUAGAUCCAUAGAGUUGAAAGGGAAACCGCACUUUGCGGACUUCAAUCUGGUACCAGACGGUUGGGGCGGUUACGUCUUUCCAUGGAUCUUGGAGAUGGCCCGCGCCUACCCUUGGCUCGAAGAGAUUCGGCUUAAACGGAUGGUCGUUACAGACGAAAGCUUGGAGCUUAUUGCUAAGUCGUUUAAGAAUUUCAAAGUAUUGGUGCUUUUUUCUUGUGAAGGGUUUUCAACUGAUGGACUCGCUGCCAUUGCUGCUAGUUGCAAGAAUCUGAGAGAGCUGGAUUUGCGAGACAGUGAAGUGGAUGAUUUGAGUGGGCAUUGGCUCAGUCAUUUUCCUGAGACAUACACAUCCCUGGUGUCUCUUAACAUUUCUUGCUUAGGAUCUGAUGAAGUUAGUUUCUCAGCCUUGGAGCGCCUGGUGGGUAGAUGUCCCAACCUGAGGACUCUUCUGCUCAAUCGAGCAGUGCCCCUUGAUAAGAUUGCCAACAUAUUACGCCGUGCACCACAGCUGGUUGAAUUUGGCACUGGUACCUACACGGCUGAGCUACGCCCAGAUGUCUUCUCAUACUUGGCUGGUGCUUUUUCUAGUUGCAAGGAACUAAGGAGCUUGUCUGGGUUUUGGGAGGCGGUCCCAGCUUACAUUCCUGCUAUUUACUCUGUCUGCUCUAGAUUAACAUCACUGAACUUGAGCUUUGCUACUAUACAAAAUCCUGAUCUUAUCAAGCUUGUAAGCCUCUGUCCAAGUUUGCAGCGCCUAUUGGUACUUGAUUACAUUGAAGAUAGUGGCCUGGAAGCACUUGCAUCUAGUUGCAAGGACCUACAGGAAUUACGGGUGUUUCCAUCCGACCCAUUUGGUGUGGAGCCAAAUGUAUCCUUGACAGAACAGGGCCUUGUCGCCAUUUCGUGGGGUUGUCCUAAGCUAGAGUCUGUUUUGUACUUCUGCCGCCAAAUGUCUAAUGCGGCUUUAGUCACCAUUGCCCAAAACCGCCCAAACUUGACCCGUUUUCGUCUUUGUAUAAUUGAUCCAAAAACGGUAGAUUACCUGACCCACGAGCCACUUGAUGUUGGUUUUGGAGCCAUUGUUGAGCACUGCAAGGAUCUCAGGCGCCUUUCCCUCUCAGGUCUCCUCACUGAUCGUGUGUUUGACUAUAUUGGGACAUAUGCGAAAAAGCUAGAGAUGCUGUCUGUGGCUUUUGCAGGAGAUAGUGACUUGGGACUCCAUCAUGUACUUUCUGGGUGUGAAAGCCUCCGGAAACUAGAGAUUAGGGACUGCCCCUUUGGGGACAAGGCUCUUUUGGCCAAUGCUGCAAAGCUGGAGACAAUGCGAUCCCUUUGGAUGUCUUCUUGCUCUGUGAGUUUCGGAGCAUGUAAGCUGCUAGGUCAGAAGAUGCCCAGGUUGAAUGUUGAAGUAAUAGAUGAAAGGGGACAUCCAGAUUCAAGACCAGAAAGCUGCCCGGUUGAUAAGCUCUACAUAUAUAGAUCUGUUGCUGGGCCAAGGGUUGACAUGCCUCCUUUUGUUUGGACAAAGGAUGAAGAUUCUUCAUUGAGGCUUUCUUGAGAGAUUUCCUGUGAAUUAGGCAACGUGUUAAAGCUCAUUUGAUCUCGAGAAUGAAUGUAUCAGGUACACACUCCUUAUGUUACUCAUUGUUCCCGAUUUAAUUUUAUGUAGCUUAAUGUAAUAGCAGACCUAAUAGGAGUGGGAACAUAAUAUGGAGGGUAUAAAUGGCUUGAGAGCUCGAUUGCCACUCAUUUUACACCUGGCUGAGCUAUUGGAUACCAAGUAAUGAUUAAUAAAGAGAUGGAAACUCCAGUUGUUGUGUAUUAGUCAGAGUUUUUAUUUGUUUCCCCAUAGUUACCUUGUAUACUAUUUGCAGACUUGGAUGUUUAUGCAUUUCUAUCACCUUUUUGGGGUAGUAAUCUUGUGGAUGUAAUUGUGUCAUUGUUAGCCUUAUGGAGUAAUAAAAGUUCCAACUAUUCGACUCAUCUUUGUUAUGACCAUGCUCAUGAUAUUAGUAUUGCGCAUUGGUUGCUCGUAGGUUUUUUAAACCCCAACUUUGCUUGCUUGAAAUUUGCAUUUACUUGUUCUCUUCAACACCUUCAGAGAAGAAGGUCGGUUACUUAGGUAUAAAUUUGUUAGAAUGAUUUGCAGAUGACGUAUUGCUUUGUAGUGAUCUAGAAUUUGUGGUCUCAGCUAGCUAUUAUCACUGGCCAUUUGUCUUUUAAAAGUAUUCAUAACAAGAAUGAUUUCUGAAUCCAUACUUGUGUGG